GUCAUAUUCUCUAACCCUUGAGAUUGGUUGUUGUCUACAAGAACCAGACUAGUCCUAAUCCUAGUCCUAGUCCUAGUCCUAGUCCUAGUCCACGCGCGAAUAUAUACAAACGUCUUGAAGCCAUUUGAUAGGACGGACCGACCGAUCUCCAGUGAGGGUUUUUGCUCAGGGAAAACGAUGAAUAGUGGCGAUACCUUAUCGACGUUUGCUCAGUUUAUCUCCUCUUCCGAUAAAUUUUUCCGGCGAGCUGAUGGAGGCUUUUGUUAUUGCUCGGCUACCGUGCUCGCUCUUGUCUUCAUUCUUCUUUACCAAGUUCUCGUUUCCCGGAAAUUUCGAUUCUUUAGUCAUGCCUCUUCUUCUUCUUCUUCUUCUUCCCCAGCCGUCUCGAUUUCUCAAUCUCACAACUCCCAAUCAAGGAUCUCGACACUUGUUUCUGAUGAAGAUCUUAAGGGACUGAUUGAGAAAUUGGGGGAAAGAAAUGAAGAUGCUGAGAUUUGGGAAGAUGUUAUUCAGAAAAGCAACCCUCGCGUGUCAUACACUGCUAAAUGCUGCAAACCAAAAGAUGGUGGUCCUGUGAAGUACCUAAGUACUACGGUGUUUGAGGACUGCUCGCCGGAGGUUUUGAGGGACUUUUACAUGGAUAAUGAGUACAGGGCACAAUGGGAUAAAACUGUGGUCGAGCAUGUGCAAUUGCAGGUUGAUAGUACUAGCGGAAUUGAGAUUGGCCGCACUAUAAAAAAGUUUCCCUUGUUGACACCAAGAGAGUAUGUAUUAGCUUGGAGAUUGUGGGAAGGGAAGGAUGAGUUUUACUGUUUCAUCAAGGAGUGUGAUCACAAUAUGGUGCCGCAACAGAGGAAGUAUGUACGUGUAAGUUACUUCAGAUCUGGUUGGCGAAUCAGGAAAGGCAAGUGUUUUUUGUCAGUUCCUGGCAGGAACGCUUGUGAGAUACACAUGUUUCACCAGGAAGAUGCGGGAUUAAAUGUUGAGAUGGCAAAGCUUGCUUUCUCAAGAGGCAUAUGGAGUUACGUUUGUAAGAUGGAAAAUGCACUUCGUAAAUUCAUUGCAACCAGUCAUCAACCCCAAGGCCCAACUUUAUCUGCUGUCAGCUUAAUGAAAAAGAUUCCAUCGGAGUUAGAAAGUCAGACAAGUGACAUCACAAACUCCUUGGGAACUACUACUACUAGUGGUCUGCACACAGGUGAAGGAGCCAAACGGAAGAAACUGUUGAGAAAGCCUUCAAAGAAAUUGAUAGCAAACAGUAUGUUACUUGUGGGCGGUGCAGUUGGUGGUGCAAUCUGUCUGUCUCGUGGUCACUCUGCCUUAGGUGCAAAGGUUGCCCUGGCUUACUUCUUGUCGAAGAUGAGAAAGCGUGGAGCUCCACUGAGCCAAACCACCCAAAAUGCUGGUAUUUAACUCAUGCAUAGAAUGUGUUUUGAUGAAACUUCGCAACUUCUAAGCUUAGAUUAAGCUUGUGUGAUAGGGGGAGUGUCUAUUAAAUAUGUGAAUACUGUCAUAGAAAACUUCUAUUUCUGCAAUGGCUCUGAUCUCAUGACCUCUGGGUCUUCAAAGUUUUGUAUACGUCUCCUGGACGACUAUAUUUAUGGCUUAAAUGUGAAUGUAAAAAAGUUGUAUUUUACGCAGUCAAGCCUAAGGAUAUGUGGCCAAGAAAAAUAUAUAUUCGGACAAGAUCUUGUUUUUUCUUA